AUGGAGCCGGCGACCCACGCCGAGCUGCCCACACUCAAGAUCUUGCUCAUUGGUUCAUCGAACGUGGGAAAGUCUGCACUGGUACUGCGCUUCACCAAAGACGCGUUUUUGGGGGCGGAGGACGCGUCGGCGACGAUUGGUGUCGAUUACCAGAUAAAGAGUAUCUGCGUCCAAGGCAAGUGGUUUAAGCUCAGUAUUUGGGAUACCGCUGGCCAGGAACGCUACCGCACAUUAACGAGUAGUUAUUAUCGCGGUGCGCAAGGCGUAGUGUUGGGUAGGUUUGAGGAGAUGCUUACGCCAGUAUACGAUGUGACAAACACGGAGUCGUUCGACGCGCUUCCGUCCUGGCUCAAGGAGCUGGAUACGUUUUCAGACGAGGUCAAGCCCGUUAUCCUGCUUGCAGGAAACAAGGUAGAUGAGGCAUCUGCGCGUGUCAUUAGCACAGAACAGGGCGAGGCCUUUGCAAAGGCGCAUGGAUGCCUCUUUGCAGAAUGCAGCGCGAAAGAAGCCGUCGGUGUCGACCACGCCUUCGAUGAGCUUGUGCAGCGCAUUGCCUCUGAACCCGAUCUCUGGAUAAAAGUCGCUCCUGGCGUGCGGCGGCCCGGUGACCGGAUCCCGGGCGGCGCGCCGGAUCAGGCGGGGAUUAUUUCGCUUAAUGCGGGUGCAUACGUUGGGGCUGUACAGGAACGAUGCGGUUGCUAA